AUGUCGAACAGCGAUGCUCAACUAUCAGGUCACCAAACUCUUUGGCACCUGCUACCUGAGCCCAUCGUCUGUAAAUUAUACGGGUCCGUUGACGCGCACCUCGACGAUGGAGACGGUAGAACUCGAAGCAGCACUGGGCAGAGAACAGUACUUUGUCGUCCCUUCGUAUUCGGAAGCUAUGCUGAUGCCACACGCAACAGUGACCCUCGUGGAUCCCUCAGAAGCUCGGGUAUUUUCACACCCUCUACCAGUGAACAACGAGCAAGUCGUGUUGCGGAAUUACGGGGCACUGGACGAUGA